AUGUCGAUUAAAACUUGUCUAUUAACGUUGUCACAGGCUUUGCUUGCACUAGAAGCAUCGUCUUCUCUGGCGACCAUCGCGUCUGCACCCAUUGUCGACUUAGGUUAUGCUCAAUACCAGGGAUCAGUUGAUACAGCGACAAACAUCACAAGCUUUCUUGGGAUACGGUACGCGGCUGCUCCAGUUGGGGACUUCAGAUGGGCAGCUCCGCAGCCUCCAUCGACCAUCUCUGGGGUUCAACAAGCUACCACGCAACCAAAUGAGUGUUAUCAAGCACCCGGAGGCAAUCUUUCGACAAAUCCCUAUGAAAGCCCCUCUAUGAGGAAAAGGGCUGUCAGUCAGUCGGAGGACUGUUUAUUCUUGAAUGUAUACACUCCUGGAAGUGAGGUGGUGGCGUCCCCGUCGAGAGGGCUCCCAGUUGUGGUAUGGAUUCACGGAGGAGGGUAUGUAGAGGGAGCUGCGAAUAUUUACAGUGGUGGAGACCUAAUCGUGGAUUCAAAUCACGGUGUCAUCACGGUCGUGCUCCAGUACCGCCUCGGUUUAUUCGGUUUCCUUCCCGGAGAAGCGGUCAAAGAAGGGGGUGUGCUCAAUGCUGGACUACUCGACCAAAAUUAUGCUUUGCAAUGGGUUCAGGCCUACAUAAGUCGUUUCGGUGGCGACCCCACGAAGGUAACGAUUUGGGGAGAGUCUGCUGGUGCCGGUUCCGUGCUACAGCAUCUUGUUGCUCAUGGAGGAAACACACAGCCUCCCCUCUUCAGAGCUGCCAUGACGAGUUCCGUAGUCUUGGCAUCACAAUACAACUAUAAUGACCGAAUUCCGGAGAUGUUGUACAGUCAGGUCGUCGAUGGAACAAAGUGUAACUCAAGUCCGGAUACCCUCUCUUGUUUGCGCUCUGCAGACGUCAACACGCUACAAACCUUGAACUAUAACAUCAACCUCAACAACUUCAUUGGCACGAUCUCAUUCGAGCCUGUUGUGGAUGGCACUUUCAUUGUGGAGAGACCUACCGUGACGAUGAGCAAGGGUCGCUUGAAUGGCAAUUACCUUCUUGCCAUCACCAAUGCGCAUGAGGGGAACAUCCUCGUGAACCAAUCCAUGACAUUGGAUAUCGCAGAUUAUGUCAAAACGCUCUUCACGAACUUCGGUUCUACCCAGGCAGCAGCAGCAGCGAAGUUGUACCAGAAUCAGGGAAGCAACGUCGACCAGGCAAAUCUCGUGAUAGGUGAAUCAAUGCUCGUUUGCCCUACUUAUUAUCUCCUCAAAGCAUUCGGAGAGCGAGGUUGGAAGGGCAAGUUUGCAAUUCCACCCGGCAUGCACGGAAGUGAUGUUGUAUAUUACUUCACUUCGCUUGGUCCUGCAUACAACAAUUCCCAGUUCAUUACCGCUUUCUCGAACUCAUUCAUGGCUGUGGCCAUGUACGAGACUCCUGACGACAGAUACACCCCAGGAGAUAUCACACCUUCAUGGAAUUCUUGGCGUCAUGAUUUCACAGAGAUGAUGUUCAACAAGACGUCUGCGGGAGUACCUGAGGUUUACACUUUCAAGACCGACAUGGCCUUACUCGAGCGUUGCGCGUACUGGCGAAAUGUGUCGGCGUACACGGGGCAGUGA